GGGUAGUGGGGGGGGGGGGGAUACUCGAGCAAUGUGAAUUCCAAGGCUUUGAAUAGAAUGCGGCACCGCAUUGUGAUUAAUCUGGGUGUGGAAUGAAGGAACUAACUGGGUUGGCUGACUGGCUCCCAAUUUGUAUUGCUUGACUCUCGUCUCCAUUCUUCCUUCCUUCCUUCCUUCACUCCCUCCCUCCCCCCUCCCUCCUUGAUAUCUGUGCUCAUUCUGGACUGAGGUUCCGCUUCGCAUUCUUUGUUUGUUUCCAGGCCGUCCGUGUCCUGUGUGUGUAUCACAUGGUCUGUGAGGGAGCGGAUACUCUCUACCUGCGUCGCUGCACUCUGGAGUUUGUUUUUGGGAUUUGUGGGUGAUAUGAUUAUGAGUUCUGCGGGACUUGAGAUGUCGGUGGAGGGGUGCUGAAGUUUUGAGGGUAUUAGAAGUGGAAUUUGGGUAUUCGAUUCUGGCUUGGAGGAGCUUUGAGGUAAGGAGGUGGGGGCUUGAGAAGCAGGAGGUGGGGGCUUGAGAAGCAGGAGGUGGAGAUGGCGGGAGCAGCACAGUUUUUGUCUAAUCUCCCGUCCAGGGGCUGCUUCGUACAGCCAGCGACGUCUACUUCGGGUCAGUUGACGACCUACAUUUGUCAACAUGACACCUCUCCUCCUGAUGAACAAUUAAUUAAGACAGACUCCACAAACAUUCUUAUUCGAGCUCUGACUCUGGGAAAGAAAAAGGGAAAAGGUGAACCGAAAUCAGCUACAAAAGACAAUAAGGGCAAGGUGCCCGCGACUGAAGAAAGCAAGGGGAAAAGACCAGCAGAACGGUUACCUGAAGAGAAACCAAUUUUAAAGAGGGCAAAUGUUGGCGGUGCUAGUGCACCGGAAGGCGGAACUAGUCGGUAUGCUGAAAAGGACCUUCAAACUCUUACUGUGCAGAAGCUGAAGUCUAUGCUCAAAGAGAAAGGGCUUCCUUUAAAGGGUCUUAAGGAUGAAUUGAUUGCUCGAUUGUUGAACCAGAAGCGAUGACAAUGAACAAUUAAGAAACAAGUAUGACCACAGUUUGAGAUAAAGCUACACUCAAAUUUGAGUGCCCCUAUUUGCUGCUGUGUUUCCGUGAGUGCCGCCUCCUGGAUGCGCCAAUCAUUUUGAUAUUUGCUCGAUGUUGACUUUUGGUGCCAUGAGACUGGUAUCUAGUAGAGGUUAACGAGUCUAUUCACAAGCCUUGAACGCAGGUGCAGAUGUGGCAUUAACACAUUCUAUUAUUGGUUUGCCAAGACAGUGUUCAUUUGAGGAUGCUUCAUGGAGGAACUUUAGACUUGUGCGUAUUUAUUCAGGGUUUUGAUGAAGAAUAAUGUACUUAAUAGAAGUUUGCCCUCUACAAAGUAGGGAACGGCUGCAGCAUUUUUACUGUCAUUCUAUGACAUAAAAAAAAUGGUUGGUACGUGUGAAUAGAGAAAUUUGGGUUGUUUUUGAAUCCUGUUCAUUCAUGUCAAAUUCAUGAUUGUAAAACCUGUAUAUAUUCAGAUU